AGGAGACUGCGGAGACAUUCUGAGACUCAUUCGGGAACUGGCAGAGUUCGAGAAACUCUCGGAUCAGGUGAAGAUCAGUGAAGAAGUCCUGAGAGCAGAUGGCUUUGGAGAGAAUCCUUUCUAUCACUGUUUUGUAGCAGAGAUUAUUCCAGCACCUGGUGAGCGACAAGGGCCUUGCAUUGUGGGCUACGGACUAUACUACUUCAUCUACAGCACUUGGAAGGGUCGUAACAUUUAUCUGGAGGACAUCUAUGUGAUGCCGGAGUAUCGGGGUCAAGGGAUUGGUUCCAAAAUAAUCAAAAAGGUGGCUGAGGUGGCCCUGGAUCAGGGUUGCUCCCAGUUCCGCCUGGAAGUUCUGGAGUGGAACAAGAAGGCUAUGGAUUUGUACAAGGCCCUAGGAGCCCAAGAUGUGACCCAGGCGGAGGGCUGGCAUGCCUUCCGUUUUGAAGGAGAGGCGAUGAGGAAGUUGGCAGGAAGAUGAUGCCAUCUCUGCCCCCAUCUGCUCAAGCACUGCUCAGAGACACUGACCCCUAGGCCUCCCAGAGAAAGAUUCCUGCAGGACACAAACAGAAUUGAGGGAGAGGUCUUUCUGAGGGUGAAAAAUUAA